GGGCUACGCCAUGCUUGUGAGGAUGGCUGGGUACAGGCCUCUGCCUGCCACGUGGGGCUUGAGAGCUUGGUGGGGAAGCCACCACACGUCAGGGGCAGAAAUAUUAAUGCGGGCAAGGAGAGCACCUUCCAACAAAGCAAAAGGACCCACGACUCAAGGGUCUGCUUUUCAGAGAGCAUUUUCAGGUCACAAUAACUUCAGAAAUGAGAGAAGACCUACAGAACUCGAUAAAAAGAUAUUAUUAUGGACUGGACGGUUUAAAAAGAAAGAGGAUAUUCCACCACUUUUGUCGAUCCAGGUGAUUACCUCUGCUCAGAAUCAGCUGCGGAUUCGAAUUUGCUACAUCAUGAUGGCACUGACCUUGCUUGGAUGUGUGGCCAUGGUCAUCUCUGGCAAACAGGCUGCUAAAAGAGAGGACACGUUGCUAAAGAUAAACACAGAGAAGAAGGCCAAAUGGAGGGUUGAGAAACAACUGGAAUUGGAAUCAGCAGCUGGAAAAACUGAAUGACCGUGAAAGCAAUGAGUCCCCUGAGACCACCAGCUGAUUCACAUCCAGGGCUGAGAAAGCUUUCAGGGUUGUAACU